UGAUCACGUUUGCACUGCCUUCGCACCAAUGGCAUGGCUCCUCGCUGAUGAGGUGGCACACCCUUAACUUUUGACGGCGCCCAUCUGAAUCUCAGAUCACAGAUGCAUUCGGGACGGGUCACAGGCAGGUACGUACGACUGUCUGUCCACCUGCGCAGUGAUAGAUGGCACCAGAGCCGAGAAGAUUUACACACAGACGGGGGCCGGAUUAUAUAUCACCACCUGCUCGUGCAGAUCCAGUACGAAGUAGAGCACUCUACUCAGAGAGGGCCUUACCACGUACGGACGCACACAGUUCUCCUUACGGCCGAGCACCGCAUGUUCGGCUCGUGUAAGACACGAUCCUACGCAGUGCAGUUUCCAGCCAGAUCCUCGUGCAGGGCAGGAAGAGCUCUGCGUCUGCACGGGAAAAGCAGCUUGGCCGGUGUCACUGAUCUCGCUUCCCCGUGCAUCUCUGAUCUACGUGCACGACGUUUGACGUCCUGCGACUCUUCAUGCGACAUUGUCCGCGGUCCCCUAGGAGUAUCACAUGCUUGUUUGCAUGCGCCCCUGACGGUCCGCCGGAGUUGCCGAACUAUCGACUACUAGUCAGUAGUGGUAGCGGCACCUUACUCAUGUGGACGUGAACAAAGGUGUGCCAGUUAGAUGGCGUGCGCGUCCGAUGCUACCGUUUCCUAAGCGGGCGGUCACGACGAC